AUGCUCGCGUUUUUGCUGACUGGUUCAUGUUCAACGGUACCGCGAAGCUCGUUUGUGGCCUGUUCGCGAAGAGGUCCCAGGCGAGCGCCUGUGACGGCAGUGCGUGCUGAGCCUCGCCCUGCUCGUCUGCAGCGCGUGCAAGCGGUGGCCGCCCCGCCUGCUCAGCACGAAAGUGAGCUAGCACUCGAUUUUCACACCAAAUGUUUUAAAAAGGAGUCCAUCCAUCUCGCCGGGAGGACAGAGUACAUCGUUCGUGGAGGGCGCGACGUUUUUCGUGCGCUCCCGGCGGCGUUCGCGGGCGUUCGCACCGUCGGCGUUGUUGGCUGGGGCUCGCAGGGGCCCGCCCAAGCGCAAAACUUGCGUGACUCGUUCGCUGACGCGGGUGUUGACGCGAAAGUUGUUGUUGGUUUGCGGAAAGGUUCUCGCUCUAUGGAGGCAGCGCGGGCAGCUGGCUUUACCGAGGCAGAUGGCACCCUCCGCGAGCAAAACGAAGUUAUUCGCGAAGCAGACCUGCUGUUACUCCUCAUCAGCGACGCAGCCAUGGCCGAGUCUUUCGAAGAAAUCCAAGCUGCAAUGAAGCCGGGUGCAACCCUAGGUCUGUCGCAUGGUUUCCUGUUGGGCCACUUGGAUUCCAUUGGAGCCAAGUUUCGGCCCGAUAUCUCGGUGAUUUUGGUGGCACCCAAGGGUAUGGGCCCGUCUGUACGACGCCUCUACGUCCAGGGUAAGGAGAAGAAUGGUGCAGGCAUCAAUUGCUCGUUUGCAGUCCAUCAGGACGUCGAUGGGCGAGCAACCGAUCUCGCCAUCGGUUGGGCUGUUGCCAUUGGUGCCCCGUUCGCGUUUCAGACCACGCUGCGCAAUGAGUACCGUUCCGAUAUUUUCGGAGAGCGAGGCAUUCUACUCGGUGCUGUUCACGGUAUCGUCGAGUCGCUAUUUCGCCGCUACCGUGAUCAGGGCGUCUCCGACGAGCAAGCGUUCAUUCGUGCCUGUGAAAGUAUCACGGGACCGAUUUCCCAGAAGAUCAGCAAAAGGGGUAUUCUGGCUGUAUACGAGGAUCUCAACGAGGAAGAUCGCCGAAUUUUUGCCGAUGCAUACGCUGCUUCAUAUAUGCCCGCCUUCGAUAUUCUGCUCGAAUGUUACGAGGACGUGGAGAGCGGCAACGAGAUCAAAUCCGUGAUCCAGGCGGUGCGUCGGCACACGCGUAUCCCCAUGGGCAAAAUCGAUACGACGCACAUGUGGGAUGUCGGAAAGCGUGUUCGAGCGAAGCGAGGCAGCAUCCCAAUCGAUGCGUUUACGGCUGGUGUUUACAUCGCCACCAUGAUGGCGCAGAUAGACGUCCUCUUGGAGAAAGGUCACGUCCUGAGCGAAAUCAUCAACGAGUCUGUGAUCGAGAGCGUGGAUUCCUUGAAUCCGUACAUGCACGCCCGCGGUGUCUCUUACAUGGUGGACAAUUGUAGUACAACGGCGCGUCUGGGUGCUCGAAAAUGGGCCCCGCGCUUUGACUACAUCCUCAUGCAGCAGAGCUACGUGAAAAUUGAUGGAAAGGAGGGAGGUUUGACCGCUGCGGAUCGAGCGCAUUUCGACACGUUUCUGAAGCACCCCAUUCACGGCGCCAUUGUCGAGUGUGCGAAACUGCGGCCGAGCGUCGAUAUCUCCUUGACCGGAUCGGGAAGCGCGGAUGCUGCACGUGCUGGGAUGUUCGAAUAG